AUGACACUGGUGCAAAAGUUGCAAAAUCAGCUACCACCACUAGUUGAGCCACCGCCGGUGGUGGUGGAGCCAAGCCACUCCACUCGCCGAUCAAUCGAGACACUGGUGGUUGUGGUGGCAGUGAUCAUAAUAGUUGGUGUUAUUGCAGGGAUCAUUGCUCGGGUAUGCGGGGGACGACAUUUUGGGGGCACCGGAGAGAAUGACAUAGAAGGAUGGGUAGAAAGGAAGUGUAGGAGCUGCAUUGACGGUGGAGUUCCGGCACCGCCGCCACCAGCAGAACCGAAGCCAACAACAGAAGCAGAAAAGAAAUGAGGGUAGAUGGCGAUACAUAUAGGAGAUUAUUAGGUGUUGCAAAGUAGGAUCAUUAAACAGAAUGCAAAACAUGGUGAUAGCUUCAGCAAUUAGCAGUCAGGUUUGAG